AUGAACCAGGGGAACAUCCUGGAGUGGCAGAAGAAGGUCGGGGACACCAUCGCCCCCGGCGACAUCUACUGCGAGGUGGAGACCGACAAGGCAAGCAUGGAGUGGGAGGCCCAGGAGGAGGGCUUCCUUGCCCGCAUCGUGGCGGGUAACAAUACCAAGGAUGUGCCCGUGGGCCAGGUGGUCGCCAUCAUUGUGGAGAACGAGGAGGACAUCCCCGCCUUCAAGGACUGGGCGCCCGGUGCGUCCUCCGAGCCCGCGCCGGCGCCGGCCAAGGAGGCGCCCGGCCACAAGGAGGCAGCUGCCCCCGCCAAGCCCGCGCCCAAGCCCAAGAAGGGCGGCAAGAAGGCCGCGAAGCCGACGGGCCGGUCCUGGCCUCCGCACGAGAUCCUGACCAUGCCCGCGCUGAGCCCCACCAUGUCCCAGGGCAACAUCCUGGAGUGGAAGAAGAAGGCGGGCGAAACCGUGGCCCCCGGCGACGUCUGGGCCGAGGUGGAGACUGACAAGGCCAGCAUGGAGUGGGAGGCGCAGGAGGAGGGCGUCGUGGCCAAGCUGCUCUGCGCCGACGGCGCCUCGGGUGUGGCCGUGGGCCACCCGCUGGUGGUGCUGGUGGAGGAGGGCGCCGACAUCACCGCCUUUGCCGACUUCACCGACGCCGACGCACAGGGCGGGGCGGGGGGGGCGGCUGGCGAAGGGGAGGCCGAGGAGGCCGAGGGUGCGAAGGAAGUCAAGCCGGCCAAGGAGGCCAAGGAGGCCAAGCCCGCGGCGUCAGCCAAGCCGGCCAAGUCGGCGGCGCCCGGCGCCCGCGUCGUGGCCAGCCCCUACGCCAAGAAGCUGGCCGAGGAGGCGGGGGUGUCCCUGCAGGGCGUGGCUGGCAGCGGGGAGGGCGGCCGCAUCACGGCGGCGGACGUCCGCGAGCUGGUGGAGUCGGGCGGGGGCAAGCCCGUCGGCGGUGCGGGCGACGCCGGCGCGCAGGCGGCCGCCACCAGCUGGGAGGGCGAGGGCGACGACGUCGCGCACUCCCAGAUCCGGCGCAUCACCGCGCAGCGCCUGCUGGAGUCCAAACAGACCGUGCCGCACUACUACCUCUCCGUCAGCGUGCGCGUGGACGAGCUGGCCGCGCUGCGCGCGCGGCUGAACGCCGACCUGGCCAAGGCCGACGGCGGCAAGCUGUCCGUCAACGACUUUGUGGUGAAGGCCUCCGCGCUGGCGCUGCGCCGCUUCCCUGCGGUCAACGCCAGCUGGCACGCGGACUACAUCCGGCAGUACCACGACGUCGACAUCUCCAUUGCAGUGCAGACCCCGGCGGGCCUCAUGGUACCCAUCGUGCGGGAUGCCGACGCCAAGGGCCUGGCCGCCAUUGCGGCCGACGUGAGGCGGCUGGCGGGCAAGGCCAAGGAGGGCAAGCUGCGGCCCGAGGAGUUCACGGGCGGGACCUUCACCAUCUCAAACCUGGGCAUGUACGGCGAGGCGCAGUUCCUCCAGGCCACGCUCUCCUGCGACCACCGCGUUGUGGACGGCGCGCUGGGCGCGCAGUGGCUGCAGGCCUUCAAGGGGUACCUGGAGAACCCCGCGUCCAUGCUGCUCUGA